GGCCGCGUAGGGUCCCACCGUCAGUGGGUGUCCCAUGGAGCCCAGUCAGCACUUGGCGCCGCCGCCGCCGCCGCGACCCCACCUUCCCUAGGCCUAUUUGGCUUGUUCCCUUCCCUGCAAUGGCGGGAAGGAAGACGCCUCUCUAGAUUGGAUCGAAUUCCUUCGUUUCUCUCCUCACCGAGGACGGCGGAGAGAGACGAGGAGGAAAGGCCCGGCGCGACGGAGAAGGCGUCAACGUCAAUUUGGUUGUGCUGGUUCAGUUUUGUCAGAGCUCUUUUUCAUUCUUGCAAGCAAAUUUCCGCAGCUGAAUAUCUGAUAUGGGUGAAACCAUGGGAAGGAGAACAGUCAGUGGCCUUCUUGUCACCAAAGGAGGCUCAAUUCUUGUCUUCAGGGAGGAAAGCCCACGCCACAAGGCCACCGCAUGUUGUACCCGCCUCUGGUGCAGCAGUAAGCUUUUCCCGAACAAAGACACGAAUACACGCAGGGCAUCCAGGGAAACAUCGGCUCUUCAGAGAUCACAAGUGUCUAGGAAAUCCAACUGGAUGUCCCAUCAAGGAAGUAUUUCUUAUGAUCGAAGCACCAGUAGGAAUACAGCAAGUACUUUUGGUGAGACUCACAACAAACCAAGAGAAAAAGAAAAUCUCGGGUGUGAUCUACCGGCUCGGUUGAAAGAAAGGAUCAAUACAUCCAGGAAAAGCUCAUUGGGUGGACUGGGAAGUCCUAACAAAUCAUCAACAAACACAUCAAGCAGUAGCCGAUCGGUUUCAAGAUCAGUAUGUCGGCCAGCAUCGAGAAUGAGAAAGGAUGGAGGAAGGGGCGCAGAAUCUAUGAGGAUGCAUAGAGCCAGAGAUAGUGGUGGUAGCUCUUGGGGAGAUGUGUUGACAAGAAAUUCUGACCAAGAUUCUUCACACAGGUCUCUAUCUCGAAACGUGUUGAGGCAUAGGAGCAGAUCUCAGCAAGGGCCAAUAUCAUCAUUGGAGGAUAAUUUAGAUGAUUCCAGUGAAUACUGGCAUUUUGAUACAGAUGACAGUGAAGAGGUUGAGGAUGACUAUGCCUUUAAUGAUCAGCAUAGGGGAAUGAGAAUGGACAUUGAUAACAUGUCUUAUGAGGACCUACUUGCGCUUGGGGAGAGAAUAGGUACUGUAAGCACUGGUCUUUCAGAUGAUGCGCUUUCUGAGUGUCUGAAGAGAAACCUCUAUGUGCCCACAACUUCAAGCAGCAAUGAAGAUGGUGACAUCAAAUGCAUCAUAUGUCUGGAGGAGUACUCUUCUGGUGUGGAGGUGGCCAAGAUGGCAUGCGAGCAUUACUACCAUACCACUUGUAUCCAACAGUGGCUUCAGCAAAAGAACUGGUGCCCGAUUUGUAAAUGUGACGCUUCUGCCAUUAGCUCAUAGUGUUCUUGACAGUAACAGAAGUAUCAGUUCAUUGUAAUCAAAUAGGAUUACACAAGUUUUUUUGGUUCUAGAACAAAUUAUUCACUUCAAUCCUAUACUGCUCUUCAAUUCACACUACACUUGUCAUAGGAAGCAGGAAAAUAAGUCCUAGAAGAAAGGAUUUUCUCAGUUUUGAUGUUGAAGUUGAAGAGUAGAUGAUAGUGUUGCCAUUCUUUACAUACAAAAGCGUCAAAAAUUCAGCAUUAAUAGUGCAGUUUUUGUUUGCCAUCGUUUUCA